AUAAAAUAACCAAACUUAAGAUUCAAAAAAACAACACACCAGAACAAGAACCAUCCAAGCUUCUUCUACCUCUGCAUGCAAUUAAAGACUGAACUCUCUUAACUCUUCUCACUCUCUCAUUGAGAUCUUCACCAUUUGGAAUUGGAACCUACCUCCCUCUUUCUUUCACUUCACCUGAGAACUCCCUAUAUAACCCACCACCCUCCCUCUGUAAGUUCUUAGUGUCUGCACUGCUAAAAAGCUGCCGUCUCAUAGCUGGUGAAAUUAUGCAACCUUCCUAGCAUUUCCCUCUUUAAAUGCCUCUUUGUCUCUUCUUGCAGCCUUUUCUCUGUAUCUGUCUCCCAUCAUUUACUUCAGUACUGUUUAAGAUUUAAAUCUAGCUAGGUUGAUCAUUUAAUUUUCUCAACUUAUAAUUAAUUCUCGAUCGACAAUGGCCUCUAGCUCUUCUUCUUCUAAGCAAAAAUCAUUUUCGAUUGAAAGAUCAAAACCCUUGAUGCUCAAAGAUUAUCUUCUUGAUGAUCAAAGUUCAUGCUCAUCCAACGGCUUCAAGUCAUUUCCUCGUCGUCGAUGCUGCACAACCGUCCGACUUCUCCUCGAAAUAGACCUCAAAACCAAGCAGCAGCAGCAACCAAGGCAUCUUUUCAAAAGAAGUAAAUCAAAAGCAGCUUCUACUACAAUCUCAGCUCUUCAAAAAGCAUCGGUUGCCGUUAUGAAGGCCGUUAAACUACUCCCAUUUCCCUCACCCAACUCCACCGUGAGGUCUCCGUCACCGUCAAGAACCAGGAAGGGACUUUUACCUCGAAAUCUUUCACGGAAGCUGUUUAAGAAGAACUUUUGGAGAAAAGCAGCUGAUCAACAUGGUCAAUGUAAAGAAAGAAAUGAGAUCAGAGGGUGGAGAUUGUUCGGCGAGUUCUUGGAGGAACAAGAUAAACUGUCCGAUCAAAUUACAAGCGGAAUUUCAACAAGCUCCAGCAGUAACAGUAACAGUAACUGUAACAUUUGGACUACUGAGAGUGAAUAUACUGUUGACAGUGGUAAUUCUACGUGUAACAGUUGCCGAAACGACUCCGUUUGCAAUAGAAAAGAUUUAAUGAUCAAGGAAGUCAGCGACAGAGUGAGCGUAUCAGGCGGUCAGGAUUCCAUCACAAACAGGAAGGAGUGGCCUAAUGAGGAGGAGAAGGAGCAAUCCAGUCCAGUGUCAAUUCUGGAUUGUCCAUUCCAGGAUGAAGAAGAAGAGAUUGGCUCUCCUUUCCAACGUAGUCUUAUCGGCGUGGAAGGAACUAAACAAAAGCCAAUGCAAAAGAUCAGAAGGUUUGAGAGCCUCGCUCAACUAGACCCUUUAGACUUGGAAAAGCGAAUUGCAAUGGCAGAGUUGGAGGAUGAAUCCCUUGAAUCCCCCGUGCAACAUUGUUCAGUGUCUAUCCACAGUGAUAACGACAACGAUUUCAAGGAAACUAAAGAAAAUGGAACCGAAAAGCAUGCACAGGAGCUGCUUAAGCAUGUCAAAUCGACAAUAAGCUUGGCGUCUAAGGUAGAUAGUCUAUUGUUGGACUUCUUCAAGGAGAAAAUUGUAGAAAAUUAUGCAGGUGGAAGCAUGGUUGGAUCAUAUAAAGAAUUUGAGCAAGAGCUAAGGGUAGCUCAGGAAUGGAUUGAUGGGCAGCCUAAAGAAAUGUUUUUGGGGUGGGAGAUGGUGGAGAGGAGGCAUGUCUACGUCAAGCAUAUGGAGAAGAGUGGGAACUGGGAAAAUGUGGAUCAAGGACAAGAAGAGGUUGCUCUAGAAUUGGAAGCUGAGGUUUUCAAUUCCUUGGUGGACGAAGUCUUACUUGAUUAUACUCUGCUUAAUUAAUGUUAUUAGUACUGUACUUGAUUAUACUUUGUUAAUUAUUGGAUCAAUCAAGGUUGUUUCACUCA